AUGGUGGCCGUGGUCGUCGCGGUCCUGGGGUUGGCGGUGGUGCAGAUGCCGUCCGCGGACCCUCCGUGGGGCGCCGCCCUCGCGGUGGCCGUGGCGCCCGGCGCGGCGCCGGUCGGUGUGCAGGUCGACGCCAUGGCCGCGUUCGCCUCCAUGCAGGCCUGCGCGCCGGGGCCCGUCGUGGCCGGGCUGCCGAUCGGGGCGCUGGGCGCAGCGCGGCCGGCGCAGCCCCAGGCGGACCCGUCGCUCCUCAUACUGAGCACGUCCCCGCAGGCCGCGCGGGGACAGGGGCCGCGGCCGCGGCCGCGGGGCGACGAAGGAGCGCCCGCUCAGGGGCCAGCCGCGCCAGCCGCGGCGCUGCCCGUGCCUCCGGCGGCAUCGUGUGAGGCCUCCCCGAGGGCAUCCCCGAGCCGGGGCCGGGCCGCGCCCGAGCUGGCCGCGUCGCCCGUGAGCGUGCGGAACACCUUCGUGGACUUCCCGGUGGAGAGGUCGCCGUCGCUCGACAGCUUCUUCGAGGAGCGCCGGGUGAGGUCCAGCCCGACCAGCCCGGUAUCGAAGGGCCAGCAGCCGAACAGGUUCGGCAUGUGCAGCACCCCCACGGACAGCGCGCCACCAUCACCAAGAGCAGCCGAG